CACAAACAACCCCAAGCCCCAUGACCCGAUAAGUGGGGUCCGAAUCAUUCACCGACUCCGGUUCCUCUUAUAAGCAAAAUUCAAUCCUCCUUUCUUUCCUACGCGACCUCGAUAGCGGACGAGAACAAUUAAAUUACAGAGUAAUCUAGCUAUUGAAAUCGAAACGACAUGACAACCGCAGCUCGACCGACGUGGGCACCGGCUAAAGGAGGCAACGAACAAGGUGGUACUCGGAUUUUCGGGCCGUCUCAGAAAUAUUCUUCCAGGGACCUUGCAGCUCAUACAAACCUAAAGCCUAGGAAAGAAGGUCAAGACACUCAGGAUGAAUUGCAGAAGAGGAACCUCCGAUAUGAGCUAGAAGAGCGUGAGCGGAGGCAUUUCUCAUCUAAGGACAAGUCAUAUGCGGAUGACAGAGAUCGCAGGAAGAGUAACCAUCUUCUGUUGGAAGGGAGUAAGAGGGAAACUGAAGACCGUCUGAUUCCACGCAAUGUAGAUGCUGAUGACUCUGAUGUGGAAGUAAAAACUGAUGAUGACAGUGAUGACAAUGAUGAUGACGAUGAUGACACUGAAGCUCUUUUGGCUGAGCUUGAACAAAUUAAGAAGGAAAGGGCAGAAGAGAAACUCCGAAAGGAAAAACAACAGUGGGAAGAAGAGGCUAAAACUAAGGAAGCAGAGCUUCUUCGCGGAAAUCCAUUGCUGAAUAAUCCAACUUCAUUUAAUGUUAAAAGAAGGUGGGAUGAUGAUGUUGUCUUCAAGAACCAAGCUCGUGGUGAAACCAAGACUCCAAAACGCUUCAUCAAUGACACUAUCAGAAAUGACUUCCAUAGGAAAUUCUUACAAAAAUACAUGAAGUAACUUCACUACUGAAGUAAAAUCUUGGGAAAAUGAUUUGAAAUCGUUUCUUUGUAAUUUUAAUUGUUGAUUGUGCUGGGUCGGAUUUUGAGAGUCAACUUGUAUUAAGAGUCUGUAUGAAGGUGGAAAGAGUUGAAUUGCCUUAGUCUGGAUAAUUGAGGACUACUUUGAUUUCUGGAGGUAGUUUUCAGUUCACAAUGGUGCCUUCUCUUUCCUGAUAGCUUGGUGAAUUAUAUUCCUUUUCUGAAAUCUUAAGUUCCAAGAGGCAGCUUAUUUAUGUAUAUCAGUUUUACAACUGCAAUUAGAGGUGGAUUCGAUCCCAACUGUUCAAGUUCAAAA